UGAUUCUUGUAAGCGCACCAGCUGAUAUCUGCGCGAGUGCGUCGUAGUUAGUCAAAUCUACAAUACGUUACGAGUGCAGAAUGAGCUCAGUGCCAAAGUCCUUUAAGGAGAGUCGCUCUUUUGCACAACGAGUUGCAGACAUAGAAGUAAUUCGGGAGCGGCAUCCACAUAAGAUUCCUAUUAUUGUUGAACGGUAUUAUGGAGAGAAGCAAUUGCCAUUAUUGGACAAGACAAAAUUUUUGGUACCGGAUCAUUUGACGGUAGCAGAAUUCGUAAAAAUUAUUAGACGUAGGUUGCAACUUCAUCCAACGCAAGCAUUCUUCUUGUUGGUGAAUCAGAGAAGUAUGGUGAGUGGCAGCAUGAACAUGGCACAUUUAUAUCAACAUGAAAAGGAUGACGAUGGCUUUCUGUAUAUCGUUUUUGCCAGUCAAGAGGUGUUUGGUCACUAGGUUUCAUAAAAAGAUCUUUUAUACAGAUAAGAAUAAUACAAUGUCACAUAAAUGCUAUAUCACAGUGGGCUCACAAUCGAAUUUCAGCAAAAGUAUGGAUUUGCUAAUUACUGUGUAGUACUCCAAGCAACCAUUAAUCUUUGUCAUUAGUCAGUCCUAUAUAUCGUUAAUAUGUAAUCAGUAAUGGAGGGAAGUAAUUGAUAUCGAUUCCUCGUGGUGCUUUGGCUAUUUGGUGUGAAUAUUAUAUAAUGGCAUGUCAGUGCGGCAGUUGAUUGUUACUAAUAGCGGUAGCCAAUUUACCUAUAAUACAUACUAUUAUUCGUCUUGUUAAGGAAUGAUGACUGCAAUGAUAUUUGCGAACGGUCAUUAAUUUUAACACAUUGAUUAAGCAGGGGCAUUAGUAGUUAUAACAAUUUGUGGUAUUGACAUCAGAAAUAUCUCAAAUUUUAUGACCUGCAGUUCCAAUGAGAUUAAAAUAUUUCCAAAUAGGGAAAUUUUAAGAACCUUCUUAGUUGUAAAUGAAAAUUGAAUUUAUGGUACAAACGGGAAAUCUACAGGUUGGUGCUGCAAUUUAAAUCACUAUACAGGCUAUGAUAUAUGAAUAAUCAAACAUAAGACUAAUCUUUUUAGAGAAUUCAAAUUGCAGUUGGAGAGUUUGAGUACUAUUGUUUGUAAAAAUUUAAUCUGGUUAAAAAACGCAGAAACAUUCACAAACAAAUUGAUAUGUUAAAAUUAAAGGUAAUAAUCCGUAACAAAUAACACAAAUAAGAAUUAAGAGCAAAUUCAUUUGAAUCAUUUUCAUUAAUAACUUUUCUUAAAAGAAGUUAUUUGUACAAUAGUGAGUAAUGUAUUUAAAAACGUAUUCUAUUGAUAUUCAAUAUCUAUUGUGUACAAUAGUACACAUCAUUCAAAUGUGAUCAGGAUAAAUUAAUUUUUUCUUCGAUAUAUAAAAAACUAUGUAGACUCAAACUUUUAGACUGUAUCUAAAGAUUGUUGAUUUCAACAAUAUUCCCUAUCGAGCGAACAUAAAAUAUAAUUUGUAUUUUUACAUUUCAGUUUAAAAUUACCUAUGAUCUAAAAAGAGGGUUAGUUAUGUAUUAUUGCAGUUAGGAUAUUUUAGCUAGUAAUUAACAAACAUAGAAUUGAUAAGAGUCCUAAUCUCGAUUUCAGCGGAAUGUAUAAAAUCUAAACAGAUACUACGCAAAGUGGUAUCUAGAUAAUCCAAGUUGAAAUUCUCAUUUUAUAAAUAAUGUUAGAUUUAGUCCAGAUCUACGACACAGUAGAUAGAAUACUGUGCAAUGAUUGUGUAUUUAAUUUAGCUAGGUAAUGGUACAGUAUAAGAAAAGUACAGGAGUACAUAUUUCUAAUAUUAAAGAAAGACCAAAUUAGUAAAACAUUGCUCUAUUAACGCUCAUCACAGUUUUAAUUAACUUUUGCAUCUGACUGUUUUUGUAGAGGUCUGAGAGUCAACACUCGCAAUGUACAAUAAUUAAAGUUAUAUAGAAACUUUCCCUGUGAUCGUGCAAAAGUGAUUUGUCGCAGGUCUCAUAAAAUAUUUUUCUAACAAUUUCUUGACUUUCUGGGCAUAUUGUAAAUACCAUUUUUGGGAAUUCGUCCAUAUAACGAAUAAAACAUUUUCUGUUAACUUGUGAUAGUUGUUCGAGAGAUAAAGCGACAAAGGCAGGGUUUCUGUGUACCUAAUGAAUCAACUAAAAGGAAAUACAGUGAGAAAUCAAUUAUUAAACGCAAACUGACGUUCCCUUUAAUUGUUUCAAACAGCUCUAGGAUUAAUCAGACUAAUUUUAUUAAGGAAAGUCUUCGUCGACUUGCGUUUCCUUUUUAUUGAUACCGAUAUUGUGUGAACGUGUACACAAAUGCACAGUGAUCUUUUUAUAACAAAAUAAUAUAUACAUUAACGGUUAAUACUUCCACGAAGAUACCUCUUUUCUGCGAAUGUAACCUUAUUUAGUGCCUUCCUAUAUUGUAAAGUACCGAAUUCUUAAAUGAUUUAUUUUCAGCUUCGUUUGCCGAACAAAAGAUACAAAUAAGAAUUUACGUAUGCGUUGGACGAAAAUAAAUAAGCCCACUUUUUUGAAACAUGUAGACUGAGUCUAGGCUGGAUCGGCUGUGCUCUAUAGAUUAAACGAUUUUAUUUACAAUAAA